AUGGCGACCCCUGAGCUUCCGCAAGAGCUUUUAUUCAAGCUGGCUGGUCAAGUCAUCCAAGACCCUGGCGUUCCCUUGCCAAACCCGACAAUUCCUGCCUGGCAAGAGCCACCACAUCCACUUGCAACUACACAAUCAAAAGAUUUGCCUAAAUACACAGACUUUGCCAUUAUCGGAUCUGGCAUUACUGGGUGCAGUGCUGCAAAGACGAUUCUCGAAAAUGAGUUGGGAAUCGACAAGACGGUGACAAUGUUUGAGGCCCGUUCUCUGACAACCGGAGCGACAAGUCGAAAUGGAGGCUAUUUGCUUAGCCAUGCCCCGAAAUUCUACGAGAAAUUCGUCGAAGCCUUUGGUGCUACAGCUGCUAAGCAAAUCGCAAAAUUCUGCGACCAGACACUCGACGAGCUUAUGGAGGUCGCUAAAGCCGAGAAUCUUCUUCAGAUCAGUGAGAUAAGAGAGGUCACUACGGUCUUGAGCUUCGAAGAUGUGGAUGGAUUCGAAAGCUCUUGUCGAUCGGUUCGAAUGUAUGAAGAGGCAGUUCCUGACAGGAAGGAAAAGUAUACCAUCAUCGACGGUGAGGCCGCAAUGAAGAAAUACAACCUCAAAAAGAGCGUUGGUGUUAUUUCUGUCAAGGCCCAUGUCUUCUGGCCAUACAAAUUGGUCACAAACCUUCUGCAACAGCUUCUUGCAAAACAUCAGGAACAAUUCUCAGUCGAAACCAAUACACCAGUGACUUCAAUCACGCUUUCAAAGGAUGGUGAUGCCAAAUACCCCUAUAUCCUCACUACUCCGCGCGGUGUAGUCAAAGCGGCGAAAAUCCUUCACUGCUCCAAUGGGUUCAGUGGACACCUUCUGCCUAAAUUGAGGGGACCUAUCUUCCCGUGUCGGCUAUCUAUGUCAACACAAAAGCCCGGCGCCCAGUGGGAAAACCGCCCCUACGCGUGGCUCUUUCACACGAAGCAAUCCUGGGACCCAAGUACCACACUAUCCGAGCUAGGUCUGUUCUGGAUGCAGCAGAAUGCCAAGUCUGGUGACCUUUUCGUGGGAGGGGACAUACAGAGAAUUGAUGACUAUUUGUCUUCGGACGACUCUCUCAUCAGCGCAGAUUCUGUGAACAAUCAAACCACGAUAUUGCCGAAGAGACUUUUCGAGAAGGGGUGGAACAACCCUAUGACGAACAGCACGUUAUCUUCUGCCACUGCGAUGCACCGUAUGUGGUCCGGAAUUAUCGCCAUGACAGCUGAUCAAGUUCCAAUCGUGGGAGAAGUACCGAAGUCCAUAAGUGGAAGGAAACUCAAUGGAGGGGAGUGGAUCGCGGCCGGGUUCAAUGGAUACGGCAUGUGUCAGGCCUGGUUAUCCGGUCAAGCUAUUGCUCGUAUGGCGUUGGGAGAGCCAAGGCCAGAAUGGCUCCCAGAGGUUUACCUGAGCACAGAGAAGCGUCUUGGAGACGAGACAAAGAUGGGCGCUAAGGCUGCCUUGGCAUCUUUCUUCUCCAGGUAA